AUGCCGGUAAAUGAAGUCAGCAUAAAUGAUGUGACAUUUCAAUUUGAUUGUGGAGAAAAUAGCUUACCCGGGACAUCGCAUCAAGGCAACGAAUUUAUUGAUCUAGAACCGUUUGGAGAACUGCUUUGUGAUGGGGAGGAAAUCGUAGGUGUUGGAGAAGAGGAGGAGGAGGAGAAAAUUCAUUGGGAUUAUAUACCCGAUGUCAUCUUGGCAAAGAUAGCAUCUAAUUUGUCACAGUGGGAUAAAUCUGAAAUGUCACUGGUUUGCACGAACUGGAAGCGGGUGAUUCUAAGAGCUCCUAGGUUAUGGCGCCAUCGCAUCAUCAGACUCCGGGGAAACUUCAAAGACCGUCGCCAUGUCAACUACGCCAACAUCCUCGGUCGCUACCUCAACCGUCUUCAUCUAUCCAGUGGACUACGGAGCUUACGCCACGUUCGAAAGUUCCAGCGCGCCUUCACAUCCAUCUUCGCCGAACUCUACCGGCAGAAGGUUCAGCUGAAGGAACUGUCUCUGACGGAGUUGAAAUUCCAUAUUCAUUUUCGCGGCAUACCGGGUGGGCGUGCGCGUCAAGGCAUAAUUCGUUCUGCACGUCGCUUCCUCGGCAGGCAGGGGAAACUCCACUACUUGGAUCUGAACUACGGCGGUAUGACGUGUGAGGAGGGGAUAGUGUUACUUCAAGCUGCUAGCGAGAAAUCAGCAAAAGCCUUAAAAGCCCUGGAUAUCGAAGAACUAUUUCGACCCGGAGCGCCCAUCCACCAGAGUUCGGAAUUUGCAGCAACUUUACCACGGUUUGUUAAUCUUGUACAACUGACUAUGAAUUACUCUGCUCUGUCCGACGGACUGUUGAUGAACCUCGCCGAGCAGAGCAACGGCGCUUUGGAAUUUCUCCAUGUGAGAUGCAUCCGAGGUGAAAACCUGAACCAUAUCAUCGGUACACCGGCAUGGAGGGCGUUCUCGGGAACGAUGUCCAAAUGUAAAGUGGAGUUUUCUCUGCUUGGAGUCAUUCGUUUGAACGACAUCCAGCGUGUGCUGACGCCUCAGAUGCCACUUCAUACCUUGAGUGUGGUUGGACACAAUGACGAUUCUUUUCAACCAGAUAGAACACUGAAAUACGUCUCACGUUAUCUCAAUAAUACUAUUGAAAAGGUAGUCAUCGAUGUGUCGCCGUGCUACAAACUUUACGGGCGUGGCUUCAUCGACAUCAUCCGAGACAGCCCUAAACUCAAACACCUGGAGGUUCGAGGUCGCCUUCGUUGGCAUAUCAUCCACGAUGUCUUCGAGUUUCUAGACAUCAACUUCGUUCGUCGCGGACUACGUCCGACGUUGACCACACUACGGAUGCUGGUGACGAGCUCGCCGAUUGAGCCCUACGAAGACGAGGCUUUCGUCGUCGAAGAAUUCCGCCCGGUGUUCUCGAGAUUCGAUCUCAUGUACGAGCUCGUCAUCGAACCCAUGUUUUUUCCCCUGCCACUGGAAUUUCGUGAACCCCGCCGAGUACAUAAUUAACAAUUUAUCAAAGGUCAUUAUGGGAAAUAUUGAUAGAAUAUAGUAGGCUGGGACGGAGGAUACAGCGAAGGACGAUUAGGAACAUAAUUAAAAUAGUAGUUUGGAAUGAUGAAUGGGACAACAUCUAGAUAGAAUUCAUUUAAGGCUACGUUCCGUAGAUAUUUCGUCCACGAUUAUGAAAAUAGAUAAUUAAAAGAUUGGGUAGGAACAGCUUCGCGUUGCAAUGAAUAUACACAUUUAUUGCAGUGUAAUCAAAUUCUAUUGAUUGUCUGAAGGGAAAUUGCAACCAAUCAAAUGACGUAACUUAUGUUGAUAAACAUCUAUCAAGUCCGUUAACAAAAUAAUGAUUACAAUGAAGUGAUUAUUAAAACAUAAAAAAUACUCAGUGUUGACGAAAUAACUUUUCUUGAAUCGUGUCUUGUUUGACUACCCCCUAAUACAUAAAUGACCAAU